UGGAUAGUAACGUAAAGGUGAAGCCAGUUGUUAAUGAAAGAAACGGUGGUAUAUUUACAUUGACACCGCAUUUAACAUUUGUACGCAUGUCUUUUCUAGAGGUUUAACGAUUUUGCAUUCUUGUAGACUAUAUAGUUUCACACACACCUGUUCAGUUGUACUAUGGUAGCGCUAAAACUAAUGUAAAAAUUGGCUGCCGUAGCGUAAUUAGUUUUAUGCUAGCUAGCUAACGUUAACGUUAGCUAACGGACACAACUCGUUAUUAGCUCAAACAUAUCAGCUUACGCCAGUUACUCUCCCCUGACAUGGACCUGGAUAUUCGUCAGUAUCUAAACAAGGCAAAGGAGCACCAAGACUCCAGAGCUCUGCAGUCAGCGUACCGUUUGCUGAGGGACAUACCUGUUGCUGGAACCAGUGGACGAACUCCACGCGUUGCACCUGAGUUGUACGUUGUUUGUGCGGAAGCAGCUCUGCAGCUGGGUUGUUUGGAGAUAAGCACAGCGUGUCUAAAGAUGUACUUUGAAAGGAAUCCGCCGGCUAAUCAAUUUUUGUGUCGAGCCUACCUCUGCCAGGGCCUGCUGAAGUCUCCGCCGGCCACUGGGAGUGUGGAAGACUUUGAAGCGGCCGUGCUGUGUUUUCUUAAAGCUAUUGAAAUUUCAAAGAAUGAACCAAGAUAUUUCUACAUUGUGUUCAAUGCCUCAGUGCUGUACUACCAGACAGUGCGUCCUCUGCUGCAGCCAGGGCGGUGCCUCCACCUCGUCCCUUCCCUCAGACAGGUGAUCCAGAGUCUGGAGGAGGUGGCAGACCAGGACCACGGCUGGAGGGCUGAACUCAUGAUGCAUCUUGUCAAAUGUCUCUUGGACUCAGGGAAAAUGGAAGAUGCUGCAAGUUUUGCCAAAGUGUCAGAAGAAUUUAUCAAGUCCCAUACGCCACAUCUUUAUCCAAGACUCUUUAUGUUACUGGUACAACACAAGCUGACAGAGGAUGAUGUCCUCAUUGAAAUGAGCAGGCAGUAUACUACCUUAGCAGUCAUUUACAAAAUACAGGAGUUUAAAAACAGGUUGAAGGAAACAAAGGAGGAUGAGCCAACAAGAGAAGAACUUAAGCAGAUUUUUCAUCUCCUGGUGGAUGGUGCCAAAGCAUCUGCUGCACCCGUAACCUCCAGUCCUCUUCAGAGCUCAACACCCAUCCAACUAGCUGACAGAGUUGCCUUCCUCCUGGAGUUGGCUCUGCUGGCCUUGCAAGUGAAGCAUCAGGAAGUAGCAGUCGACUGUUUGAAAGAGCUAAAGUCGGCGGGAGAGGCUAGUAUUGGACAACGCAUAAUAAUGGAAUGCGUCAACUGUGAAAUCAACCUCCUGAAAAGAGAGGCAAAGAUGAAUGACUAUUCCAAAGCCAGUGUGGAGGCCCGGCUGAAGGAAGUAGGCAAGCUGGAUCAGUGGCUGCAGACUGCAGUGAGGGAGGGGGACCCUCAGGCCAUGCAGGCAGUGUGUGCUACCCAGUGGAACUUCUGUCUGCCCCUCUUGCAGCACAACCUCCGAAAACACAUCAAGACACCUCUGCUCAGGCUGGCCCAAGUACUGGAGGACAUGCAGAGCAUGUUGCUGGAGAUGCGCUGUCAAGUCCACUCAGAGCUGGCAGCGAUUGAAGAGGAGGACGGGCGCCUUGAGGCUUCUUUGACUCACCUUCAGAAAGCCAUGGCGCUAGAUAACGGGACACAGCGAGAACGCCUGUCGUCAGCUCUCCGCCUCCUGCAGCUCAGAGGGAACAUCUACCAAAUGCCCUCCCGGAUUGAGGAUAAAGCCGCUAUGCUUAUGCAGCAGGCCAGGGACGUUCAGCCUCAAGAUAAGAUAGACAGUCGUCCCAUCCUGGUUGCUGUGGGUCUUCUUUUGGCCCCUGAUGAUUUCCAGAUGGUGCUGGAUGCUGACGACACAUCAAUAGUUCCCGUAGGCAGUCUUGGAUGUGGACCAGUGGCUCAGCUCUCUGCUAAGGCUCAGCAUCAUUCUACAUCUGUACGGAAGGUGGAGGGACACCUGGCCAGACAAGGAGAUGACACAGUCAACACAGAAAGGGUGAAGCUGUGGGCAACACUGGUUAAGACAGCCAGGAAACAGGAAAUUUGGGAUGUGUGCCGAGCUGCUUGUCGAUUCUGUUUGCUUUAUGAUGACGGGAGAUGGAAGAUCUCCAAGACUGACGAAUGUACCUGCUCAGAAGAGGGAAACUGUGCAGAAUGUCUUCAUGGUUGCAGUAGAAGCCGUGCCUGUGUGAGGGACUUGCUGCGCCUUUUAGCUGAAAUCUGCUUCAUCAGUGCUGAGGCCACCGUCCAAAAGCUGCUAAUCGAUGGGGUGCAGCUUAACAGCCCUGCUGUCCCUGCAGUGGAAAGUAAGCUGUGUGUGUCUGAAGAGGAUCCACACUGGGUUGUUUACAGGGACUGGAUUCAGGCUCUGUCUUCCUACGCCACCUCCAACUUUUUGCGGGCAGCGGAGCUUGGAGCAGAGAUCAGGGAGCCGUGGGUGAUAGCAAAUGCAGCCAUUUACUUGUGGAACUACAGUAGCCACUUGUUGGCAGCUGGGGAGUACCAACGCCUGCUUCCCACCUUCCAGAGUCUGGUGGCGAUGAUCCAGAAGACAGAGUUCACUGGGAAUCGGGCUCUAUUUGUGCUGCUGUGUGAUGCCGUGGCCCGGGGGUUGAUCCAGCCUCUGUGUGGACCAGACAGCGUCAGGCCAACCACGCCAGAAGACAAGGGCAAAAACAGACCUGAGAAGGGGAUGGAGAAGGCUGCCAGUGUCCAUGGGGUUUUCUUAGACCCUGUUGCCCUUCAGGAUGUCCGCAAGGCAUCAGAGCUGUGUGACUAUGCCCUUUGCAUUUCCACCUGCAAAAUCCCAGGGGAGACAGUUCCAAUCGCAGCAAGGAAACAGGUGGUGGCCACAUGGGUGCAGAUCAAGAGGCUCCUGCAACAGCAGAUUGGCUCAAAGAUGGACACCAAAGAUGAGUGUGAGAAUGAGGAAGUGUCAGCGAUGACGCGCGUGCUGGUUGGAGUGGAGAUGCUCCAGUGCAAUAGGAACCCAGGGCAUAUGGAGUUCUCCGUUCCCAGUCUCUCGACACUGGUGAGCAUGGCGUCUGAAUGCAGCUGGACCGACGCCGUGGUGGAGUUGCAGGUGUGGUGCCAGCUGGCUGCCUUCUGCCAUUAUGCCAAGGACCACAGCUUGGUAUUGUGCUGCACCAAGAGCGCUCUGCAGCUGGAAGAAGCAGCAGCAAAGAGCCUCAACGCCAUGCCCUGUGUUUUAUAUGGCCUGACGGCUGUGAAUGAGAUGCUGAGCAGCGCUGCUUGUUUAAGGGGUUUAAGUUUAGUCCAUGAGUCCACUGGAGAUCUGCAAACUUACAGAGAGGCUUUAAGGGCGCUUCUGUGCAGUGUCAGCCAUGCAGAGAAGGCUAAGAAUCCAGCAUUGUGUGUCACAGCUGCAAGGCAUUACUGGAACACCUGUCUACCCCUGACACAGACUCCUGAGGAAAGAUGGCAGCUCCGUGAGCCCCUGAAGAAAAUCCUGAUGGCUCUGACUCAAAUGAACACGAAACAUGCCAAUAAACAUGGCAAAGUGAAGGGCUUGCUGGCCUCGACAGCAUUGCCUCUUGGGAGUUGUAAACAUGAAGCAACAGAUAAAGACGACCUGACCCUGAGAGCAGCCAUUUACAAUUUCUUGCUCCACAUCCACAUUGAUAAAUCAGACUGGAAAGGUGCUCUUCAGCUGCUGGACCAAGCUAUAAGAGACAUGCCUCGCACUGAACACCGGCUAACUCUGCUGAAACACCGAAUACUGGUAAAAGCACGCCUGGGGGAAAAUGUACUGACGGACAUGGAGACGUUAGAGGGUGAAGGAGAGCGGUGCUGUUCAUUUACGUGGCGCCAGGUGGCACUAUGUGCUGGCAGUGUAACCCAGCAACUUGCCUGCUACCAGAAAUCCAUCACCUCUCUGUCGAGUGAAGAGACUCAGUGGCAGAAGGUCGGCCUUCUGCUGGAGUUUGGAGAAUGGCUGUACUGUCACGACUUCCCCAAAGUCGAUGCCCAACACCAGGUUCAAUGGGCCAUAGACAUCCUUCUGCACUCGAAAACUGAACAGACAGAAAGAGCAGCGGAUGAGUCCAAAAAAAGAGAUUUGAGCUCAGUGAAAUGUGAGUCCCUGGUGGGAGUCCAGAGCUUGUUACCAAUACAAAGUUUAUUGAAUCUGAAGGAGGUGCAACGCCUUGACAGUUUGGUGCGAGCACACACUCUGCUUGCUGUCAUGGCAGACAAAGCUUCACCUGAGCACCAGCUCAACCUACUCAGAGCCUACAUCUUUGUUCUUCAAAUAUGGCAGGUGUCCAUGGCAGUGUGUUGUGCGAUUUCCAAUGAAAUGGCAAAGAGCCAGCCACCCCAGCAUCCUGCCUCUGCAGGAUCCAAAAAAGGCAAAGACAAGGGCAAAGGCAAAAAAGCAAAAGAUCCUCCCCCUUCAGAAGAGAGACCUAAACCUGUUGUCUUGGAUCUGGUACUUCCUUCCACUCCAAAGGACUGGGCUCGUUAUGCCUGUCCUGACCAGGCCAGGCAGAUCUUCAGAACCAACAGUAACCCCCACUGUAUCAACACACACAGCAUUACAAAGCAGACUCAAAGCCUGUUUUAUCUCAACCUGCUGGAAAAAGAGCUUCACUCAUUCUCACUCAACCACCUGACCCUGCCCAUAAUGCAUCUAGCUGAGACCAUUGCUCAUGAUCUUUUGGACAGGAGGAGCCUCUCUGACCUCUACCGACUAAGAAUUGUGAGGACCUGUCGUCAGCUGGGUUUGGAGACACUUUCACCAUAUCAGGAAAAACUCCUGAAUCUGUGUAGAAUCCAAGAACAAGAACAGAUGGGGUGCCACAGAGCCAUUGCUUUUUCACAGGAGAAGAGAGGCCUUCACAAAGCUUACAGUCAGAAAGUUAAGGUGGAUGAGAAGGCUGUGUCUGAGCAGCAGAGUAUGGAUGUGCAUGCUCAAGACAUCUGGCUGGACAAAGCUGAGGUCUGCCUCAGCAUGGGGCUGUUUCAACCAGCCAGGCAGCUGCUGGCUGAGGCCCACUUUGUGGCUAUGGAGCUUGGAGACCAGAAAGCAACAGCUAGAAGUUUGCUCAGUCUGGCCAAUCUCGCUUGUGAAGAGCAGAACUAUGCCCAGGCUUUGAUCCUGCUGGACAAAGCCCCACCCCUGGGGGGGGGUGAGGAGUUCUGGUACCAGUUCGUCCUCACCAAGGUCAGAGCUGUAGUGGGCCAGAGAGGCAAAGAUGCACACUCCAAGGUUGAGAACAUUAUAAACCAAGGCUGUGGGACUCUAAAGCUGCUUCUGGAGCAGCGGGUAAACCGAGUCCCAGAACUCACAUUCUUCAUCACCUCAUUAGACAUGAGAGGUGCCAUUGAAUGUAUAUGUGCUGUUGGUGAUAGUGAACCUGGAGAGACACUCAGCACCGAGGCCAUUCAGAGGAUAAUGGACGCCUGUGAUACACUCAAAGAAUGUGCCAGUGGUUUCACUAAACUCAGCUGUAAAGAACACGCAGCAGAUGCUCAUGCAGAGUAUGCAUGUGGUCUGAGAAUCCUAGUCAACCAUGCUACUCACACAGAAAACAAACAGCGCUUCCUGCUCGAUGGCCUCUCCCACAUGCAGCUUGCUGUUACAGAGCAGGAACAUGUGGCGCUGAAUGCUCAGAGGCUGCUCCCAUCACAGGAGGAGGGCCGUGACCUGUCACUGGCAGCCAUGCGAAGGCUGCUGCGCCUGCGGCUGGUCCUGGCUGAAUUUUGUCUUUCCAUGCUGGAGGAGCACUGUGCUGAGGAGAAACGCCGAGCUCUGGCCCGCCAGAGGAAAACCUCUGCUGAGAUAGCACUGGAGGAAUUUACACGCUGCACACCUGAGCCCAACUCUAUAGAACAGGAAUGGGGGAGUGUGGGCAGUACCUUGGGGCAGGUGGCUCUGGGCCAGCUGGCUGCAGUCACUUCUUACUCCCUGGACAACAUGGAGACCAAAGCUCACUGCCUUAGUCUGUUGGGAAAGUACCUCAGACUGCUGGCUGUGCAGGAGGACCCCGUUUACCUGUGUGCUCUCUGGGACAGACACAAACAGAAGGAGGCCUGGACUGACCCUAAAGCUGUUUCCAUGGAGGAGGAGAAUUCAGAGAAAGAGAAAGAUGGAGAAUCAAGCAGAAGAGAGUCGAGGGUGACCUCUGCCAAAAGUGCUGAGCUGCAGCAGCGGGGGAGACUCAGAGCCCAGCAGCUGUUGGCACAGGCCAGUAAGGCCUUGGCUGAGGCCAUCAGCCUGUGUCUCCAACACAAGCUGCCCUCCUCCAUCCUGGCUGAUGCCUCUCUCAACAUGUUGGAGUGUCAUGGCCAGUCUGACCCUGCAGCAGCAGGUCAAUAUCUUGCCCUGUUUCAGAGCUGCUGCACUGUUACUAUGAUGGCUGAGGUCCUAAGUUCAGCUUGUGCUGGCACCACUUUGUCCCAGCUCUCCGCUCUGCUCAGCCUUCACAGGAAACUGCUUCUCUCUCACGACGAGAGGCCCAGCAGCAUGCUGAAGGGAGCGGAGGACUCCCUCAAUAGCCUUUCCAAGGCCUUCAGCCACCUGACCAUCUGUCCCAACCACCUAAAUAUCCUCGCAGAGCUCCCACCCAACCUGAAGAUCCUGCUGCUUCAGCACUCUGAAGAUGGGUCAGAACUUUAUGGGGCUUUCUAUGAGAUGACCAAAGCUCCAAAUCAAAAGGGAAAGACUACACAAGUUCCAGGUUCCCUGACGUGCUCCAGGGUGGCAAAGGUUUCAGUCUGCCCACAGGCUCUGCUGGCACUGAGGGAGCAGACUCGGAUCUUUGGCCUGGACGCUAGACAUGCCCUCCUCAAUCAAGUCUGUUGGCACAGUGCCGAGGGCAGGCUGGAGGCCUCUGAGGAGCUUCAUGUUUUUCCCUGUAAAACUGCUGCAGAAGAAAUGCUAGCACCUCGCUUCAGAGAAAUUGUACAGGAUAUGAAGGACUACUUGAAUCCACUUCUCACACAGUUUGACUUCACAUGCUUCAGGCCCCAGGCUGCAUCACUACCACUCUCUGGGAUGGCCAAAACCAAAGAUAAAGAAGAGAAAGGGGGCUCAGAUAAAUUGCCCGCAGAACCAGGGGAAUAUGUGGUGUUGCUGGCAGACAGGAAGUUGCUGGAGUUGCCACUUGAAGCCUUGUCCAUCCUGCAGGACGAAGGCUUGAGUUCUGUGUCACGAGACUUUUCCCUCCAGCUUCUCCACAGUCGCCUGAACAAAGAAGAACCAGGCAAAGUUGAAAGUGACAACAAAAAAGAGACCAAAGGUGGCAAGCCAACUAAGGGGAAGGGAGAUCAAAGCCAAGCCAUCAAAGUGGUACCUGUGAAUCGUGUGUUGCCUUCUAACACCUUCCCAGUGGAUAUGCGAAACGUCAAAUAUAUUGUUGACCCUCACAAUGAAGGCAGCUUUGAGGGGACCAGUCUGAGCAUAAGGAUGAAGGAGAUUUUAGAAACCCACAGCCAGCAUUUGACCCAUCUGUGGGAGGGCUUCAUGGGCAGCAAGCAAACACCCAGUCUGUCUGAGAUGGAGCAGCUGCUGUGCAGAUGCAGUGCCUUCAUUUACCUGGGGAUGGAGCGCUUCAUGGCAAACAUUCCACCUGCCAAAGUGGCAGCCCUCAAUCUGUCUGAGUGUCGCAUGGCUCUUCUCUUUGACUUGGUUCAGAACAAUGCCAGUGUUGUCCGCCAAUCAACCCUUGAUAUGUACAAGAGUGCAGGACAGUUAGCCCUGGAGAAACCCCUGGAGACUGCUCUGCUGUUGAGUUUGGCUGGUGUUAGCUGUAUUGUCCUCAACCAGUGGCACAGCAGCCUUCAACAGAACACACACAAUAUGGUCAAUGUACUAGAUAAUUUACUGAGGGUAAGACAGACCUCUGGCCAUGCCAUCCAUGCCCUGAGGAGAGGGGAGAGCCCCGAGACACCACAUCACAAAGCUACAGGAUCAGAUCAAGUGCUCCCCACCGACUCAGAGGAAGGUGAUGUUCACCACAAAACGCUCCUCACACCAUCAGCUUUCAACUGCAUUCUUUAUGGACUCCCUAACGUAAUUGUCUCAUAAUAUACUUUCUAUCCUCAAUAUUUCACGUUUAUAUUUCGCAGUUGCGGAUGAUUACAGGCCUACAUGUCAUCCAGCUUUGCAAAUAUUACUGUAUGCAAAAAAAGUAAAGCUACUGUAGUAUGAGGGGGUAGAUAUUUCAUUAAACAUGAUCCUUGAUUCUUCGCUUCCACAUUUUUCACUAUAUCAUUUUAUGAGAAUACAGAUUUUAUCAUUGAUGUUUUUACCCACAGCAGACAUAAUACACAAUAUAUAACAUACCUGAUUCCAUAAGAUAAGGCUAGAGCUUCGUAUGCUCUGAGAGAGGGCAGCUUAUAGAGAUUCACCCUAUACAUGUCUUGUAUUAUUAAAAUACCAAUGUUUCUACUCAGGUUGUCCUGACAAGUUGUACCUGCUUUGCAGAUAACUCUCAACAUAUUGAGUGUUUAGAGUGUACUGUCCGCUUCAGUCACCAUGAUUACCAAUGUGUUAUUGAUGUGGGUUACUGUCAGACUGAAUGAGAGAA